UGUGGCAAUUAGGGCCACCUGUCUUCCCCACCGUGUAGCAGGCUAGGGAUAUACACUACCGGGUUUACAUUAUACAGUGUAUAUAAAGGCUGGGGUACACUACCUCACUGUUUACUAUAGAGCACCUGCUCCGAGCUAAUAGUUAUCCGAACGGAGGCUUUUGGAACAAGAUUUUUGCAUUCAAUCUGUUAACUGUUUAGUAUGUAAUAAUUAUAUAUAUGGUGUAACAUUAAUCUUUAAACAUGUGUGUUUUUCUGUGAUCAUGGAUGAGUUACAAUAAUGUGUUUUUAAGUGAACUUUUUAACUUAAGACGUUUUCGGAGUUCCAUUGGGAUCCAAUAUGAAAGGAAACACGGUGAAUAUUCUGGUACUGGGAAAAGAAGGCGUAGGAAAAACAGCUUUAGUCGUUCGUUUUCUGACCGGAAGAUUCCUUACCGAGUACGCGCAGUGCGAUGAAAUGGCGUACGAAAGAAGCAUCGCAUUGGAUGACAAACAAGUGUCUCUCAAGGUCAUUGAUGUUGGUGGCAAGAACAUAGACAAAAAGUCGGGUUCAAAGGAGAGUCUCCAGAAGAUAGAUGGCGCAGUUGUUGUAUACUCCAUCACCGACCGCCAGAGUUUUGACGUGGCUGAAUCCGUCGUUGAUUGGUUGAGAAAAGAACGUAGUUCAUGCAUUCCAAUUGUAUUACUAGGCAACAAAUCCGACCUUGACCACGCGCGGGCGGUCUCUAACCAAAAAUCCGAGGACAUCGAAUGGCGAAACACUGGGUACAUGCUUUCCGAAUGUUCUGCGUCAUCAGAUUCCGAAGGAGUGACGAAGAUUUUCCACAUGCUUGUCCGAAAGAUACUGGAAAAACGUGACACGCACAUCAAAGCCCAGAGGAAGUUAUCAUUAUCGCACGCACCUCUGGGGUCGCCCAAAUUGAUCAGAGCUCACCUUCGUAGGAGAUUCAGUGUGUUUACCCGGGAAAGGACUUCAACAAUGUAGCUGUAUUGUAUAAACAACCCUGGCUUCAGAUGUGAGAGUCUUUGGAGUCACAGAAGUAUAUCUAUUGCUCGCAUAUGCAAAAACAGUGUAUCUGUAAGCAAAUGUCAGGCCUUACAAAAGAUAAGAUAAAGGAAUAUAGAUGUAAACUAAUUUAUUUACUGAAUAGAAGAUUCUGCAUCUCUGUAUCGUCUACAAAUUAUCUAUCAAGGACAGAAAUGCAUUGAUUGUCAAUCGACUUUUGUAACGUGAUUUUGACCAUUUUCAAGAGCUCAAUAUAAAGCACAUUGUAAUUGGAAGAAUAGACACUCACAAAGCAACUGUGUAUUGUGUGCUUUCUAAUUCUUGUUUUGUUAGAAUCGUUCUGUUAUCAAUAAUAUUACAAACACGUCGACAUAAAAUAGAACAAAGGCGUAAACAGUAACUGUAACGGCCAUGGAGAACGGUUUAUUUAUUGGGGAUCAACAAUGACAAUGACUGACCUACAAGAAGUGUCCAUUUGCAAUCAGCUGUUGUUACUUGGUAACGUCCAAACACUGAGAAACAUGUGUAAGGUAGGAAUGGAGAUCUAUCAGGAAUAGCGGUACCAAUGUUUUCAACCUUUCCAAGAAAUAGUGACAUCCUUAUAUUGAACGGAACAUUUGUUUGUGUCAGCAAUUAUAGAACGAGGUUCAGCUAGUUCAGUGUCUGUCCGGUGCGCAUUGCCUCUUCACCCCCGACCGUACAGGGGAUGGGCAAGUCAGUCAAGUGUGAGGAAGAAAACAUAUUUAAGCGUGUUUGCAUGAUAUAUAUAUCAGUAUGGAAAAGACAUCAUUCGACUAUUAUCUUAUUGUGUGUAUAUACAGCAUAUUAUACGGACUCUCUUGGAGCGAUAAGUGUGUGG